AUGUUUUCGGAAAGCGAGAUCAGCGCGCUCGACCAUUCGACCAAGGCAGGCUGUUUGUCGACGCCAGCACUGUUUGCCUGGAAACACGAGACCCAAGAUAACAACGGUUGGGUCCCAGGGGGUUAUAUUGACUACAUCUUGAUGGAGAAAGCCCCAGGGAUCCGCCCACGCUAUAUUUUUGCCACAAUGGAUCGGCAAGAGCGUGAUCAGCUUCGAGCAGCGUUCAAAGAGGCAUGGUUAGAAUGUAUUGCCUGUGGGAUGGACCACCAAGACUGCGGUGUCCAGAAUCUUGUCUGGGAUCGUGAAAAGCGGAAAUGGUGUUGCAUGGCUUUCUGCGUCACCUGGCUUGCUGACGGAGAAUUUUUGGUCCAUGCAGUUAUAUCGUAG